AAAAUAGCUUUAAAAUGUCCAAACUACAAGAUAUGCAGUCCUAUAAAAACUUUCAUGAUGAGAUCUCGUCAAAGUUCCUAAAACGGAGUACUAAAGUUUCAUAAGCAAAUUUUUUAUUUUUCUUUUGAGGGAAAAAAAAAGCAUAUUGUUAAUGAGAUCUAAAGAUAAUCUUGUAGAAAAAUAGAUAUCAUUAAACUUUUUUUUUUAUAUUAAUAUUUUUUUUCUUAGUGAAGCUUUUGUAUUUUUCGUAAUAAUCACCAAAUACAGAGAGGGAGCUCAAGAGCGAACAAGACGACACCGUUUUAGGAAUUGUCAUUUCAACUCAACUCACUGUAACUGUAAUACCUAAAGUCUUCGAUUUUAGGGUUUAAGAGAGGAUUAUUACCAUUUUCUCAUCACCGGAAAAUGGACAGCGCCGAUGAGAAGGUGGUCGCAGUGAUCUUGGUGGCAGGUCCUAGUAAAGGGACUCGAUUUAGGCCGCUUUCUUUCAAUACUCCAGAGCCUUUAUUUCCUCUGGCUGGUCAGCCAAUGGUUCAUCACCACAUCUCCGCCUGCAAAAGAAUGCCCAAUUUGGUCCAAGUUUUUCUUAUAGGAUACUACGACGAGCGGGAAUUUGCUCUAUAUUGCUCUUCAGUGUCUAAUGAGCUCAAAGUUCCUGUGAGAUAUUUGAAGGAAGAUAAACCGCAUGGCUCAGCAGGAAGCCUAUUCUACUUCAGAGAUCGAAUCAUGGAAGAAAACCCUUCGCAUAUUUUUCUGCUGAAUUUUGAUGUCUGCUGCAACUUUCCCCUGCCUGAGAUGCUUGAGGCUCAUAAAGCCUAUGGUGGGAUUGGCACGUUGCUAGUUAUUAAGGUUUCCGCUGAAUCGGCCAGCCAGUUUGGCGAGUUGGUUGCUGAUCCGACUAGUCAAGAAGUGUUGCACUACACUGAGAAACCGGAGACCUUUGUGAGUAAUCUGAUUAACUGUGGUAUUUAUGUCUUCACACCAAACAUUUUUAGCGUCAUCCAGGAGGUAUAUCUUCUCCGGGAAGACAAAGCAUACACACGCCACACACCAAGCUAUGAGUCCCAGCAAUUUGCUAUAAGGUCUCUUCCUACAGAUUUUGUUAGGUGGGACCAAGAUAUUUUGUCGCCUCUUGCUGGUAAGAAGCAAUUGUAUACGUAUGAGACCACAGAGUUUUGGGAACAGAUCAAGACCCCUGGAAUGUCUAUCAAGUGUUCUGCCUUGUAUCUUUCUCGAUUUCGCUCAACCUCUCCACAUCUGCUGGCCAGUGGGGAUGGAAACAGAAAUGCUACCGUUGUAGGAGAUGUCUAUGUUCAUCCAUCAGCAAGAGUGCAUCCUACUGCAAAGAUUGGACCGAAUGUUUCAAUAUCAGCAAAUGUUCGUAUAGCGCCUGGUGUAAGACUCAAGAACUGUAUCGUGUUAGAUGAUGUUGAAAUCAUGGAAAAUGCUGUUGUGGUGAAUGCAAUUGUCGGGUGGAAGUCGUCUCUUGGAAGAUGGUCGCGUGUUCAGGCUGACGGAGACUACGACACCAAGCUAGGGAUAACUAUAUUGGGGGAAUCGGUGACUGUGGAAGACGAGGUUGUCGUGAUCAACAGCAUCGUUCUUCCGAAUAAAGUGCUCAACUUAAGCAUGCAGGAAGAAAUCAUCCUGUGAAGACCAUGCUACACAAUCAAAAGUUUACUUACAUUUGUUUAUCUAUUGUAUCUGUUUCCCAACCAACAAUUUUGUUGUGUGAUAUGAGCUUACUCUGUAACGUGACACUCUUGUUGUCGACAAAUUAGUUUAUGGUUCGCCUCUUGUGAAAAAAAAAAUACUGUUUAUCAA